CUCGCCGCGCUGCCCAGGGAGCCGCAACUGGUCCCGGCCUUGCGGCCUGCUGGGGAGGCUGCCGGGAGGAGGCGGCGACGGUGGCGGCGGCGGCGGUGAGUCCCCGGCCCCUGGGACCGCAGCUUCCUUCCUGCCAGGUCCAUCCAUCUGUCCAUCCAUCCGUGGGGGGCUGCAAUGGCCACCUUCAGCCGCCAGGAAUUUUUCCAGCAGCUGCUGCAGGGCUGUCUCCUGCCUACUGCCCAGCAGGGCCUUGACCAGAUCUGGCUGCUCCUUGCCAUCUGCCUCGCCUGCCGCCUCUUCUGGAGGCUUGGGUUACCAUCCUACCUGAAGCAUGCAAGCACCGUGGCAGGCGGAUUCUUCAGCCUCUACCACUUCUUCCAGCUACACAUGGUUUGGGUUGUGCUGCUCAGCCUCCUGUGCUACCUCGUGCUGUUCCUCUGCCGACAUUCCUCCCAUCGCGGCGUCUUCCUCUCCGUCACCAUUCUCAUCUACCUGCUCAUGGGUGAGAUGCACAUGGUGGACACCGUGACAUGGCACAAGAUGCGAGGGGCCCAGAUGAUCGUGGCCAUGAAGGCGGUGUCUCUGGGCUUCGACCUGGACCGGGGCGAGGUGGGUGCGGUGCCCUCACCUGUGGAGUUCAUGGGCUACCUCUACUUCGUGGGCACCAUCGUCUUUGGGCCCUGGAUAUCCUUCCACAGCUACCUACAGGCUGUCCAAGGUCGCCCGCUGAGUCGCCGAUGGCUACAGAAGGUGGCCCGGAGCCUGGCACUGGCCCUGCUAUGCCUUGUGCUGUCCACCUGUGUGGGCCCUUACCUCUUCCCGUACUUCAUCCCUCUUGAUGGUGACCGCCUCCUUCGAAACAAGAAACGCAAAGCCAGGGGCACCAUGGUAAGGUGGCUGCGAGCCUACGAGAGUGCUGUCUCCUUCCACUUCAGCAACUAUUUUGUGGGCUUCUUGUCCGAGGCCACGACCACAUUGGCGGGAGCUGGCUUCACCGAGGAGAAGGAUCACCUGGAAUGGGACCUGACGGUGUCCAAGCCACUGAAUGUGGAGCUGCCUCGGUCCAUGGUGGAAGUUGUCACAAGCUGGAACCUGCCCAUGUCUUAUUGGCUAAAUAACUAUGUUUUCAAGAAUGCUCUUCGCCUGGGGACCUUCUCAGCUGUGCUGGUCACCUAUGCAGCCAGCGCCCUCCUGCACGGCUUCAGCUUCCACCUGGCUGCGGUGCUACUGUCCCUGGCAUUUAUCACUUAUGUGGAGCAUGUCCUCCGGAAGCGCCUGGCUCGGAUCCUCAGUGCCUGCGUCUUGUCGAAACGGUGCCCACCAGACUGUUCACACCAGCAUCGCUUGGGCCUAGGGGUACGAGCCUUAAACCUGCUCUUUGGGGCCCUGGCCAUCUUCCACCUGGCCUACCUGGGCUCCCUGUUCGAUGUCGAUGUGGAUGAUACCACAGAGGAGCAGGGCUAUGGCAUGGCAUAUACUGUCCACAAGUGGUCAGAGCUCAGCUGGGCCAGUCACUGGGUCACUUUUGGAUGCUGGAUAUUCUACCGUCUCAUAGCCUGAGGCACAUCUGUGGACACUUCCAGCUCCCUCAAGACCCCUCUUCAGGGUGCCAGCUCUGAUGGAGGAUGAGGGAAAACUCUCUCUCUAGUUCUUGACC